AUAAGAGUUGGUGCUAUUGCUCAUGUUUUCAUCUGCAGCUGAACAAGGCGAUAUCUGCCACAUUGCACAGUUCAAACCUGCAGCCAGAGAAAGCACAGACAAGAAUCCUCACAGUUAUGACAAGAAUCCUCACAGCUAUGCUGCUGCUGUUUGUAGCACUCCCCCUGCUGGUGCAGUCCAUCCCUGUCAAUAAGAAGUUCCUUCCUCUGGACUGUGAGGACAUUUUUAAUAAUGGAUCCAACCACAGUGGUGUCUACACCAUCUACCCAAAUGGUCCUGAGAAAGCAGUGCAGGUUUACUGCGAUAUGGGCUGCGACGAGUACGACAGCCACAAGGACGGGAAAUGGACGGUAAUCCAGAAGAGAACGGAUGGCAGUGUGAAUUUCUAUAGAAUGUGGGAACAGUACAAGAACGGCUUUGGGAACCUAAGUGGAGAAUACUGGCUAGGUCUGGAGACCAUGUUUCUGUUGACAUAUGCAAACAAAUACGAAUUAAGAGUGGACAUGGAGGAUUUUGAGGGGGGCAGUGCCUAUGCCCAGUACUCCUCUUUCUCUGUUGAUUCGGAGGCCCUCAGAUACAGACUUCACAUCAAAGGCUACAUCAAUGGAGGAGCAGGUGACUGCUUGUCCUAUAGUGGUGAGAGAGAUUUUGCAACCUUUGACAAAGACGUUUAUAACUGUGCAGACACUUACUCUGGUGGAUUCUGGUACGGCUAUUGGCCAUGUCACCUUGCGAACCCCAAUGGCCAGUACAAACGGGGGAAUGUGGGAAGCUCAUAUACAGGAGUUAUGUGGGGUUGCUGGAGAGGUUACUAUUACUCCCUGAAGACCAUCGUGAUGAAGAUCCGCCGGGUGUCUCUGGACGAGCUUGAAGCGUAGAUAUAUCUGCCCAGACAGAGAACCCAGAUUUAGAAGGCCAGGGUUUCACUUAAUGAAUACAUACCUUUGCUGUCCAAAAGUACUUUAUAAGAAUUUCCUGUUAAUUUCUGUUAAUUUGACACUAUUUUUCAUAAAUCAAUGCAAUCAAGGCUGCUAUGCAUUACAUUAUCUGUGGGUUUCUUGUAUGAUUUCAAAUACAAUUGUUUACUGCAUACUGCUACAGCCAUUGUUUGCCUCUUUUGAGUAGACAAUUAACUACGUACAGAGGAUUGUGGGCUGCAAAACAUAUACUAAUUGCAGUUUUGAAGAAGGUGAUCACUUAUGAUCUAUUUAUAUAUUUUAUGUGUUUGUGCUAGCUUGUGCUUCAGUUCUAAUCUGAUUUAAAAUCUGUAAUAUUUUUAGACUGACAACUAUCUCCAAUUUACAAAUCAUUACAUGAAUAAAGAUAAAGCUACUUUAUUA